GCUGCCUCUGUCGUUCCGCGCCGGCCGCGGCCAGAGGCGAGUCAGGACCGCGGACAGCGCCCCCCCCGCGCCGCCCCGCGCCCACCAUGACGGCGGAGACCCAUCUGCAGGGCGUGGAGAUCUCGGCAGCCCAGUUCUUCGAGAUCUGGCACCACUACGACUCCGACGGCAAUGGGUUCAUGGACGGGAAGGAGCUACAAAACUUCAUCCAGGAGCUGCAGCAGGCACGGAAGAAGGCAGGCUUGCAACUGAAUAGUGAUAGAAUUAAGUCCUUCAUCAGGAUGUUUGAUGCAAACAAUGAUGGAAAGUUGGAGCUUACUGAACUGGCCAGACUGCUCCCUGUACAGGAAAAUUUUCUUAUUAAAUUUCAGGGUGUCAAAAUGUGUGCAAAAGAAUUCAAUAAUGCCUUUGAGAUGUAUGAUCAAGAUGGCAAUGGCUAUAUAGAUGAAAAUGAACUUGAUGCCCUACUGAAGGAUCUCUGUGAAAAGAACAAAAAGGAAUUAGACAUUACCAACCUUGCAACAUACAAGAAAAGCAUCAUGGCCUUGUCUGAUGGAGGAAAGCUGUACCGAGCAGAAUUGCUCAGGAUGUUUGAUGCAAACAAUGAUGGAAAGCUGGAGCUUACUGAACUGGCCAGACUGCUCCCUGUACAGGAAAAUUUUCUUAUUAAAUUUCAGGGUGUCAAAAUGUGUGCAAAAGAAUUCAAUAAUGCCUUUGAGAUGUAUGAUCAAGAUGGCAAUGGCUAUAUAGAUGAAAAUGAACUUGAUGCCCUACUGAAGGAUCUCUGUGAAAAGAACAAAAAGGAAUUAGACAUUACCAACCUUGCAACAUACAAGAAAAGCAUCAUGGCCUUGUCUGAUGGAGGAAAGCUGUACCGAGCAGAAUUGGCUCUUAUUCUCUGUGCUGAGGAAAACUAGAGUUCUUCU